AUGGAUGGGCAAUAUCCAGAAUGGUCUUGCAAACUUCGUUUGCGCUCCAAGUGCUUUCAGUACAAGUAUGCCCGCUGGGAUCGAGUCCGGCGCGAGUGGGUGCUUGAAAGCAUCCCGAAGCGAAUGUUCCUGCAUGAGGAGCGGUCGAAGGCCCGUGUCCGUGAUGACGGGGAAUUUGACAAGCCUGCUGAUGAAGGGGCCUUUUGGUCGAUGCUGUGGCAUGGCUCGGCCCGGAAAGAAUGGGUGUACGACCAACUCCAGACCAUUGAUGGCAAGUUCGAAGAAAUCACCAAUGUUCUCGAGCGGCAGUUCAAGUGUGUUCAGCAGGAGUGUCAAUCUCAGUUGCAAUCUCUGGCUCGAGACUUCGCGACGUUGCGAUUCGAUGUGAACGACCUGCUGACAGAGGGGCAGAUGCCGGGCAGAGUUGACGCCAAAGGAGAGGCUUCACGACCAGAAGACACCCAUCGCUUGCAGAAGGAGGUCGCAUCUAUGAAGCAGGGACAGUGCACUCUCUUCGAGCAGCUCUCGCACAUGGAGGCCGAUGUUUCAAAGACGAAGGCCCUCAUCACAAACCUUGUGCAGAGUUGUCGGCUUGAAGAUGAAGUGCGUGAGCUAAGCUUGCAGCUCCAGAAAGUGCAAGCUGAGACAAAGGCAACGCAAGAGGACAUGAGGACACUACAUGAGGCCCUUCAGUCGAUGCAAUCCCUUCAGGCUUCGCUGUUGGAACAAGAUGCUGAGAGAUGCCAACACUUGGACCACUGGAGUGUUGAGCAGACGAGCCUGAGGAGCAAACUCACCGAGCUCCAGGCAUUGGCUGAGCCGACAGCGCACAAAGCACUCGUCGAACAGGUGCACGAACUUGCAGAUCGAGUGAAGCAAGUUGAAGUCAGUCGGGCCAUGACUGACCGGGACAUCCACAGCUUGCGCUUGGAUGUGAACGGUUUGCUUGUGCCAGAGGGGCCUUCCCCUGAGUUUGCUGGGCUGCAAACGGUUGCCAAGACAGUGGCGUCGCCUGAUGCUAACCCCCCUGAGUGCCGCCGCAGUUGUCCACAAGAGGUAUCCACCCUUCGCCAGCCUGACGCGUGCAAGGAAGACUUGGGAAGCAGGCACGGGCUGGCGAAAGAAGACCUGCCGGCUGAUGACGGAGCGAGGGCGGCAAGAAGCCAAGAUACGCCGACGCCCCAUCGACCAGGAGGCGGUGGCGUUCGAUGCGACAAUGCUUUGGCCAGGUCAACGACGCUGCGCAUGCAAAGCUCUUCGAUUGAAGCCCACACGCCAUUCUUUGAAGUUCCCGAUCACCCCUCGGAUGAAAGCUCCAGGGGGAUCACCGCGCAGUUGGAGAAAGAGAUCUUGCAAUCCCUCAACGACUCCAUGGAGGAGAAGCGCAAGAUUCUGAAGCGACUGUCCUUGAGGGCACAUCCGGACAAGGGCGGCACGCACGCAGCCCAGCUUUGGCUGAGAGAAUGGCAGAAAGUACACGGGGAGUGGUUCCUCGGCCCUGGCCACGAUUUAGAAGGCUAG